AUGUCAUCAAGACGAAGUUUGUCAAAAGAAUCUCGUUCACAUUAUGCUCGUUCAUCAUCAUACAAUAAUGAUCGUUCAAGUUCUUCAUAUCGUCAUCGUCCAUUAAGUUCACGUUUAAUUGAACGAGAUUUUUCAGCACCAUCUCUUGCAUUUGAUCGUAUUGAUGAUCCAUAUUUUUUUGAACGUCGUUCAAGAAAACUUCGUGACGAUUUUGGUCGUCGAAUUCGUCGACGUUUUGAUGAUGAUUUUGAUCGUCGAAUUCGUUGGGAUUUUGAUGACGACUUUGAUCGUCGACUUCGUUGGAAUUUUGAUGACGACUUUGGUCGUCCACUUCGUUGGCGCUUUAAUGAUGAUUUAUUUGAUGAUUCAUUUUUUAAAUCUAGCAUUGGAAAUAAUUCACUAGGUUUUGAACGUAAUAUCCCAAUAAAUUAUCGACAAAAUAAUAGUUCAGUAUCAACAGUAAGAAAUAUACCAAUUCAAUAUAUAUCAUCACCAAGUACUGUUCGUCGUGAAAAUGUUUAUAAAAAAAUUGAUACAAAUAAUGAUUGGACAUCAAAUUCAUUUCAACGUAAUAAUGAUAAUUUUGAUAAACGAGAAAAUCGAAUUUCAACUGAUAAUUGGUCAUCAAAUCAAGAAUCUCCAACACGUAAACGAACGACUAUGACAGUAUUCGUUCGACCACCUCGCAUUCAAUAUUCGGAUCCAUCUUAUCAUCAACGAACUACGUCAACACCAAACUAUCCAUCAUCAAAUAGAACAAAUUAUUAUUGA